AAGACUCGUACGAACGAGUACCGUAUAGGAAAGAAGACGCAAUUAGAAAAUAUUGCCUAAUCGAAGAAGUAAAGGAUACAACUAUCUCAACCACAACCACUACUCAAACGAGCAAAUAUAAUAAAAAAAACAAUAAAAUUUAGACACACGACAAAAAGAAAAGUCAUCCUUAAAAUUUCACAACGCAGACAACAUCGAAAACUUAAACGAAACUUAUUAUUCAUAAAAACUGUAAAAAGAAAAUUUACUAUAAAAUAACGAAAAAAAAAUAAAGUAAAAAUGUUGCAACACAAAUAAAAUAUAUUCCAGAUUGUUCACAGAGUUUAAAAAUUUUUGUGAAAUAAUGCGACGACUAGUUAACGCGUGUGUGUGAAAAAUCUCCUAAAUGUAUCAUAAACGAUUACAUAAAAAAUUCAAUAAAAAUCUAUUGCAUUACGUGCGACACUAUACUUUCAACUAUUAAACGAAAUUAACGAAAAUAAAUCAAUUUAAAACGACAGUGUUACAAUACAUUUUUAAGUUAUUAGAAGCUAUCAAUUGGAAAAACAAAGUCUAUACGAAAAACGGCAAAAUGUCUCAGGAUAAUAGAAUACCCAGUGUCAGUGUGUUUUUUAUAACAACAUUCUUAAUUUUAAACAUUAAUACCCUGCAGUAUGGAUCAUUUGUAAAGGCUACAUCACUGGCUACAGUUGUUACACCAACAGAUAUAAGUGUCUCUACAAGUCCGUCUCUAAAUGUCUCUACUGUUAAUUCAAUGACCACGGAUGCUCCACCUACUUUACAAUCUCUACAAGUAGGACAGGAAACUGUAGUAGAAACAAGCACAGUAGAGCCAACUCCACCACCCUCGACCACUUCAAUGCAUGAGCUACUGGGUUCAGCUGGGCCCGAUAAAAGGGAACAAGAGGCCAUUUUAAAGGCUUUAGAUUGGUUAAAAAUGAAAAGAGCCCCCGAUUAUGGUUGGGGUAAUGACACCCAUGUGGUUAUAUUGGCUAAAGAGUUGUCGGGUGCCCGAGAUCCCUACGAUGCCGAUGGUCAUUUGCAGGUUAUUCAGGAAUUGGAAGACAUGUUGUCGGUUAAAGAAAUGGAAAUAGAAAUUUUAGCCAUGUUGGACAGGCAUCAUACUUUACCUAAGCCUUUGAAUUUGGAAAAAUUGGCACGUUAUGUUUUGGCCUUGGGCUCUCUUUGUAAAGAUCCUAAACAUUUUCAUGGUCAUGAUUUAGUAGCCACACUGCAACAUCAUGAACCCACACAAGAUAUAGAAUUUGCUUUGACCACCCUGUCGGCCUGCAGUUCGGCGGCUCAUGUAAGAAAGAGACAAAUUCGUAGACUAUUGGACAUAGCCAGUGGGGUAACCGAUCAGAGUGUGGAUACAAUUGCCAUGGUUAUUUUGGCUUUACGCUGCAUUGUCACCGAUCAUCGCCAUAGGCAUCUGCAGCAUUUUGUGCGCCGACCUGCUAGAGGUCUAGCCAGUUUACAGGAUCCCCGCGGUAAUUUCGGUUCCUUGCGCAGCACCGCUUUAGCUAUGCAGGCCUUACAGGAUCUGGAACAUGAUCCCGCUGGUUCUUGGAAUAGAACGGCUGCUUCUCGUUGGAUUUUGAGCCGCCAACGUGAGGAUGGUGGCUGGAGUGAGGAACCUUUGCAAGAUGGUCAAGAUCCAGACAUUGGGGUGGGCCUAACAGCCGAUAUUAUUUUAGCUUUGGGUUGGAAGGGCCUAGGAGCCGUUAGAGCUUUACAAUGUGAUCAUGUUAUACGAGAGAAUAGUGACCCAUCUUCGGAGAAUGGUGAGCAAAAGUUAGCUGUUCCUUAUGGUUUAACUACAUCAGCCGAAGAAUCUGAUUCAAGAAAUGUUUCUUACACUUAUACCCUGUGGGUAGGCUCUAACGUAACCGAAGCUAUUUCCCUGUCUUUAGUUUCACCGAAAAAUACCACUUUCUUUAAAGCCAUGACCCAGGCGGCUGAAAUGGAUUCAAGGUUUGCCUUUGAAGCUCGAGAAUGGCCAAAUGGUCAUUAUGUGCAUACCUUGGCUGGCAAAAAGGAAGAACCCAGAGGGUACAACUAUUGGUUACUUUAUCGCUUGCCCGAACUUCCUGAUCCCAAUAAUGCUCCCGGAAAUCAGCUUAUAGCACCAGUUGGUGUGGACGAACUAAUGGUGGAAGAUGGUGAACAUUAUUUGUAUUGGUACAAAAAACUUUAAGUCUCACAACAGCCAUAAUUAAAGCAUUUGAAAGCAUUCCGUCAACUCCUCAUUCAUCUAAUUUGCAAACGUGGAUUAUAAAAAUUGUUUUUUUAACUUUAAACUGAUUAUAUAAUAACGGUAUAAGCUGGUAUUAUAGAAUUUAAUAAAGUCAAAACAAUUUUUCUAAUUUUCGAUCAUUUUAGCAACUUUAUAGAAUAAAUGUGAUGCACACAAAAAGAAUUCGCUUUAAAAAUUAACAAAAUAACCAAAGAAAUUAAGAAAAAACCAAAUAAAGUUUAAAUUAUAAUUCAAACAAAAAAGCAUCGAACUAACGCCAAGGAAAUGCCAAUUGACAUUUGAAAUUUGAACUAAGGAGUUUUCAGACAACUAAUAUACCAAAAACAAAAGAAAAAAAAAACAUGCAAUACACAACAAACAGACACUUUUGAAUAAACAGCAGACAGACAUUAACAGAUAGACAGACAGACAGACAGACAGACAGACAGACAGACAGACAUACACUUUCAUAUACAUUUAAGUAAAAUAAACAGUCAGCUAAACAGACAAGACAUUCAGACACCGUUCGUAACAAUAAGUGAUUAUAAAUCAUACAACACUAAUUAAGCAUUAAUAUUUACAUACAUCAUACCAUUCAUAUUCAUUAAUUUAUAAUAAUAAUUAAAAAAAAAACAGAAAUUGAAAAAAAAAAUAUUAUAAUUAAACUAAAGAGAAGAUAAAGGACACACAAAUACCAUGUAGAUAAUAUUUUGUGCAUCUAAAUCGAAUAUAAUUUUGAUAUUGUACGAGCAAACAUACUACACAACAGUAUGUGAUAUUUGAAACAAACAGAAAACUUAUUAACAAAAGAACAAAGAAUUAUUUAAUAAUAAUUAUUAUUAAUAAUAAUUAUAAUACUAAAGAAAAAAAAGCUAAAAGGAUUGUUAAGUAAAACCUUAAAGAUCUAUAAAACUUACAACUCUAUUAACUUUAUUAACAAAAAAAACGAAAAUGAAAAACCAAAACUAUAAACUUUAACUUUAAUAACUUUCAAUAUUCUAUUCUAUUAUAUUGUAUACUGUGCUAUUAUGAUUCUUAUUUAUUUUACUAAGUUUUUGGUUUAUUUUACUUUAAUCUAUUUAAUGCAGAGACGAUAUACAAAUAAUAUAAAAUACUUAAUUAUUUACUAAACUUAGACAGCCAAACUAAAUUUGGUUAACACUUUUGCAAAGAAAAAAAAACAGACAGUUAUUAAAGGUAUUGUAUGAAUUUAAACCCCAAACAAGAGAAAGUUAAACAAUAAAAGAGAUUUCAAGGAUAAUGACAUACAAAACUAACUUUGAAAUCUUUUUUUUUUUUUUAAUUUUGUUUAAAUAACAAAACAAAAUUUGUUUCUGUUAACAGCGUAUUGUAUAUCAAAAUUGUCAUAAAUAAUUUCAAAGGAAAUGUUCUGCAUUAUAUUACAACUACUCCUACUACUGCAUACUCUACUAAAUAAAACCUGCUCUAAACCACCAACUUUUAUAAAAAAUCACAGAAAAAUUUUCUUUAUUUCCUAAAAUUUUCUUUUUGUAGUUGCUAUUUUAUGUAUAUAUCGUCUCUUGUAAUAAUUCAUAUUCACAUACUGUAGCUAUUAAUCGCUAAAUAUAUAAUAAUCGUGCUAUACACUGAGAAAAAAAUAAAAAAAAAUAAAUGGUGUUUUUUCAUAUAUA